GAUGUAGGCCGUUGGAUCGAGUGUUGAUUGAAGUUCACUCCUUGCAUUUGUAGUUCGCAUUCUUUGUUUCUCUUAUUUCCUUGAUGAUUUUUUUUUAUGAUGAGCACGCUAGUAGACCGUACGCUGAUGGCGUGUCCACAAGAUGAGUCGGGUAGGGAAAUCGGUGCGGUUGAUCAGCCGUCCACGCUGCAUAUGCCGACAUUCGUGGCAUGAAGUUAUUUGCGUGGACGACAGUCAUGAUGACGCCGUGAUGACGAUGCUGCUGCUUCGAACUUGGAAACGUCGACGAUGCCGAAGAAAAGCAGCUCCUGAUGAUGCCGCCAUGCGGAGAGUGGUUCUGCGAGCUGUGGCGACAGAGGCGGGCAUCCGACAAAGACGAUAUUCCCAUGAUCUGGGAAAGGCGAGGACGGUCGAGAUGCAGUCUGGUGCACGACAUGGCAUGAUGGCGACGACGAUGAUGAAGGCGUACGUCCGCGGGGAUGAAACACAAACGAUGAUGCCGCCGACGUUGAUGAUGAUGAUGAUGAUGAUGAUGAUGAUGAUGAUGAUGAUGGUGAUGAUGAUGAUGAUGAUGAUGAUGAUGAUCAUGACGAGGAUGCUGAUGGUCAUGAUAAUGAUGGUGAUGAUGAUGAUGAUGAUGCCGUUGAUGAUGAUGAUGAUGAUGAUGACGAUGAUGAUGAUGAUGAUGAUGAUGACGAACACGACGAUGGUGAUGAUGAUGAUGAUGGUGAUGAUGACGAUGAUGAUGAUGUUCAUCGCAAGAACGAUGGUGAAGCUAACCGCCAUAAUCACGAUGAUGAUGACGACAAUGAUGACACGGCAGUUGAUCCAUGAUGACGUCGUUCACGUGGCGACGAUACCACCACUGGCAGAGGCCGUGCUCUCGCCCACCAUCACUUUGUGAGAGCGACCUUUGUUCUCCAAUUAGUUUUUCUUGCGAGUGCGGCAGUGGUCGCCGGUGUGAAUGUGCUCGGCAAGGUGGCCCAAAUUAUGUC